AUAGCGUAUGAAAAAACAAUAAAGGAUAUUCUCUCGAUUAUGAAUAAAAGUGAAGAAUCCGAGAGUGAUAAUAAUUUUAAAGGAUGGCGUCGAUCAACACUUGGAACACCAUUGUUCAAAAAAAUU